GUAAAAGCGUCAAUCGCCCGCCCCCUGCCCCCCUGUCAGCAACACGUCAGGGACCGCAGCCUUCCCGCUCUGCUGCUUGGCUGGAGCUCCAUCGAAGCUGCCUGUCCGGACGGAUUUACCUACACUACACUACACUACGAUCUUCAUACUUCCGACCAGAAGCUGCUCGCAUCAACAGCCUCCCUAACACUUUCACACCCUCCUUUCCACCCUUUUAGAGCGGAUUGGAUUCUGGACUCAUAAUACACCCCCACUAAACCGGCACCAUGUCUCUCCGGCCGAUAAUUACCUUCAAGGCCGGCAUCUGCGAGGUCGACCAAUCUACCAAGCCAUACAAGGUGAAACCGUCACCACGACCCGGCUACAUCUACCUCUACCAAGCUUCCGACGAUGACCUCCUUCACUUCUGCUGGCGCGAGCGCAGCGUCCCCGCAGACCAGCCCGAACUCGACCUCACCAUGAUCCCCGGCGACGGCACCUUUGUCCCCGUCGAGCCAUCCUCCGAGACCCCGUCCGCCAGGACCCAGGGCCGCAUCUUUGUCCUCAAGUUCGAGUCCUCCUCCACAAGACACCUCUUCUGGCUACAGUCGCACCCCCAGAGCAGCAGCGGCGACGCGACCUGGCUGUCCCCGCGCGACCGCAAGAUCGGCGAGAUCGUGAACAACCUGCUGCAGGGCGACGAGGUCGACGUCAACGCAGAGCUCGCCUCGGUGGGGAACGGCGGCGGCGGCUCUGGCGGCCGCCGGGAUGCGGACGGUGACGAGUCCAUGGAGGAUACCCAGGGCCAUGGCGGCGACCGGUCUGAGCCUGGCAGUGGCGGCGCUGGUGCGGAUGCCACGGGCGGUGACGUUCGGGAAGAGGGCGAAGAGGCGCGGGAGGGUGGCUCUGACGGUGCGAGAGCUGCUAGCAACAUAGCCCCCGACGCCGCAGCAGCGGUGCGCAACUUCCUCAACUCGCUCAACCCGGGCGGCCAGGGCGGCGCCCCCGGCGGCCAGCACCCGGCAGAGGGCAAAGCGUACCCGCUCCUGAGCGACCUCCUGGAGGCGCCGACGACGGUGCCCAUGGUGCGGGCGGCGGAGGAGGGCUACAUCGACAGCCUGCUGUACUUCCUGCCGCCCUCGGUGCUGGUGCUGGCGCAGCAGGGCGAAGGGGCGGCGCCCGACGUCGUCGAGGGCGAGCCUGGCGCCGAGUCGGCGGCGGCGGCCAUCGCGGCCAUGACGCCGGGCCAGAAGAAGGCUCUGCUCGAGAAGGUGCUGCGGUCGCCGCAGUUCCACCAGUCGCUCGCCAGCCUCACCAUGGCGCUGCGCGACGGCGGCCUGCCGUCCAUCGCCGAGGCGCUCGGCGUCAAGGUCGAGAACGGGGGCUACAUGCGGGGUGGGGGCAUGCCGCUCGGCGGUGGCGAUGCCGUGGAGGCGUUUGUCGAGGGCGUCAAGAAGAGCGUGCAGGACAAGUAGCCUGUCGGGCGGUUCUAGCAAGGGGUUCGGCCUACCUGUUUAGGUGGCAGGCACCCUUGGGCUGAUGCUGUGUCAUCUGGGGACGGGCUCGCUGAGCUGGGGUGGGCUUUGCUGUUGCCUACUUCCAUCCAUGUCUUGUUCAUAGGACUCGUCUGGCGUGGGCACAUAUGAUCAUAGAGAGGCAUCCUAGAAAGCCAUGAAAUCCAAGAGUUCACCAUCUUUGCGCCGCAA